UCUGUUGGCGAUGCAAUUGGAAUUAUUGCAAAAGCACUGAAAGGUCAGUUAGUCAUCCCGGACUGGUCUGCCUUCUCGACAGUCAUUGGUGAUAUUUUCGAGUCAUGUCAGGAUAUCGUCGAAGGAAAUGUUAGCCUGUUUUACAAACGAUUACUAAUGAAAAGCCGUUGCUAG